UUGUAAUUAAAUGUAGAGGAACGUGAUGAGUUGAGUAACAUCGAAAUUCGUAGCAGGCACAUUGUUAAAAUAACUCAUGCAUAAUUUUUUAGACAAAACUGGCUUAAUUAUUAGUCACCCCACCUGACCAACGGAGCGUAUCUCCCUAAAACCGACAAAUGUACGUAUUCAUCGCAUUUAUCCAUAGGUGUAUACGCGUCUACGCAUUUCCCAUAGCGCAUACCAUUGGUCGUGUUCUAGUACCAUUGUACACAGUGACAUAUAUUACGUUUGAUUUUGUUUACAAAUAAACAUGAAGAAAAUCGCGAGUACAAAAGUGCUGUUUGGAUUUUUCAAUACGAUAUUUUUUGCGUGUGGUUUCGUGAAAGUGGUAUGCGGUUUCCUACUUCUGUGCGACACACGAAGGAUCCUUCUGUCGCGCUUGCUCGCGAUGCCAGAAGACGGCUUAGAAGAGCCCCCCUUCUAUUACGUCGCGCUCGGACUUCUGGUCGCCGGGGUCACAGUUUGCACUGUGGCCGCUAUAGGAGUGUGGGCUACGUAUAUACCGGGAUACAUCAUACUAACUUUCUACUUCCUGGUGGUGCUGGCGCUGCUGGUGGCGGAGUGCGCGGCGGGCGUGCUGGCGGCGGUGUGGCCGCGUUGCUACGGCGUGCAGGCGGCGCGCGGCGGCGCGGUGGGCGCGCUGCAGAGCUACUACGCUGUGCCAGACUUCGAGCACUUCACCGCCGCCUUGGACUUGGCGCAGACUGAGUUGGAGUGCUGCGGCAUGACGAGCGCGCGCAACUACGACAUGUCGCUGUGGCAGCUGCGGCGCCUGGGCCCGCGCGGCCUGUCCGUGCCGCCCUCGUGCUGCGUGCAGAGCGCGCCGCGCUCGCACCUCAGCCCCGCGCCCGCGGACCCCGCGCGCUGCCAGGAAUUGGCGCCCAACGCGACCUACCGACACGUGCCGGGUUGCCAGACUAAACUCGAAGAUUGGUACCAGGAACAGUACUUCAUAUUCAUGAUAUCACUAUUUGUCGUCGCCGUUUUCAAACUUGCCAUCCUAUUAAGCACAGUGUUCUCUUGUAUAAGACUGCGAAAGAGUAGACAAGAGAUGAAUUCCUUUAUGAUAAAAGGCUUCGGUUGCAAGAACGAGAACAUCUACGAACGCAAUAUGAGUUUGCACGACGAGCCGAUUACAGCGAAGUACAUACAACCCAACAACUUUUACAGUCCCCGUGUAAGGAACCCGAGAAUUUUCCACACUAAACCCAAUGAGAUGGUAUGAGAAUUAACCGCGGAGAUAAUUGCUUUAGAGAGAAGGUUGGAACGGUUUUCGGAUAUUCUACACAAACAUCAGGCGGACUCUUUUAUGUGGUAACAAAGCGGUAUUUUUACCA